UGACCCACAUUGCAGAAAAGCCAGGAUUAUUUUUUUCCGCAGACAAAGACAGAAAACGCCAGCAAUGAAUCACAAACACACGCUCGCACGCACAUUGUUGAGAAAUUAAAACGAAUGCGUUUGUAAAUAAAAGUGAAGAGAGAAAAGCUUAUCAUUAUCGUGGCGUAAAAACUUUGAUCAAUGCAAUAGCAGAAAAUAACAUGGUACAUUGUGACUGUUCACGUUUAUGUGAAAUGGGCGGAUAUAAAUCGGGAGAGAGCGGGGGUGUGGCAAACAAUGGAUAGAGGGGGAAAAUGAAUCCUUAUCUCUCGGAAGACAAUUUAAAUACAUUUGUUUGACUCUGAAUUCUGCAGGAAAGGUUAUUUUACAGGGAACAUUUCAACAUUUUAUAAGGGGAUACGUUGUUAAGCCUACUUUUCAAAGUGAAAGAAGUAAAACUCUUUUGCAAGUUAAACUCUGGUGGUUGAAUUCUCUUCGGUCUGCACUUUCAUAAAAGACAGCAGUCAGAGACUGAAACCCCAUUCACUCACUGGGACUAGAGUUAUGCUCGGGGGAUUUGAGUAGUUGAUCACUGAAGUGAAAGACAAGGGAAGACUUUCUCUUGUCUUUCCCUGCGUGGGUGACAAACUCCCUGUAGAAUUGCUUCGCGCCAUCACAUCCUUUAAAUGCUAAGCUUGUCUUGCCACCACUGCUCAUAUUCUUAAACAGUUGGGAAUACCCUGACAACUAUUGCCUACUUCCACCCACUCGCCUAGUUGUUUAAAUACACUUUCACUGUGCUGCUUUUAUAGUGGCAGAACACUGACACCAUCCCAAAACCCGGGGGUACUCCCACACACACACACACACAUACACUAUCAUGGCAAGUGUGUUGCCGUAUGGCCGCUUUACCCAUGCCGUAGUGCGCGGCAUCCCAGAGACCUUUGGGAAGGUCGAUGGUGAGAAAAAUGAGAAGGUGGAAAACGGGGAAUGUGCGACAGACCUGGCCAAGGCGCAGCGUCAGUUUGGCGUGCUGACCGGGGCCCUGAGACAGAAGGUGGGUCUGCAGCUCAUUGAGAUCCCGGCAGACCCGGAACUUCCGGAGAGCUGGAGGAUAGAGGACGUCGCCGUGAUUCAGGGAGACACGGCCCUCAUCACCAGGCCUUUCAAACAGCAGAGACGCAGCGAGGCUGAAGCGGUGAGGAGGGUGAUGUCGGAGCUCAACCUCACAGUGGUGGAGAUGGGGGCUGUGGAGGGGGCCACAUUGGAGGGUAGCGACGUGCUCUUCACUGGCAGGGAGUUCUUUGUAGGCAUCUCCUCCCACACCAACCGCCAAGGAGCUGAGGUGCUGGCCGACACUUUCAGGGACUUUGCUGUGUCUACUGUGCCGGUGUGUGGCGGAGCUCGUCUGAAGAACAUCUGCUCCAUGGGAGGUCCAGAUACCAUCAUCAUCAGCAACAGCGAUGGGGCCAAAAAGACCCUCCGGAUGAUGGAGCAGCUGACGGACCACCACUACGAAGUGCUCACGGUCCCGGAGGGCGCCGCUGCUAACUGUAUCUAUGUCAGGGGCCCUUCCCAAAUGGACUACCUGCUUCACCCGCCAACUGAGGAGUGCCCAGACAGUGCCGCUGCAUUUCAAAAGCUGACAGAUUACACCCUCAUCCCUACAUCAUGCAGUGAGGCUGUCAAGCUUGGAGGGUCUUUGUCCUCAUUCUGCCUCCUCAUCAACAGGAAGCCAUAUUUCUGAAUGUCCUGAACGUCUCCUGUAGAAUACACACGUCGCCCUUCCCUGGCCAUGAACAUGGACAGUCUACCAUUUGUUCAGGGACUGAAUGUACAUAUUCAGAACUGCACCCCCUAUUGACUAAAGACUAACAUAGCUCCCAGAAAUACAGCGAAGAAAAUGAAUAGGGUCUAGAUUUGGAUUGUAGGUAUGCCAUAUGCGUUGUGUAGAUAUUUUAUGCUUUAUAUUCUGGUAUGCCAUCUAAGACAUGUAUUUACAGGCAGGGAUGGGCAAUUGCAGUCCUUAGGGCCUGUUUGGUUUCCCAAAUUUCCACAGGUCUUCUAACAAAUCUGAUAGAAACUAAUUUGUCUGAACCGAAUGGUUCAGUGAUUGGAGUUAGAAGGGAUUAAGUAGUGUCAUCAAUCAGGCUCCCCAGGACUUGAAUUGCCCAACCCUGAUUUGACGAAGCACUUUGAUCAGCCAUCUCUUUCCAGCUGAAAAAUUCCACCUUCCAAAUUAACUGGUUUAGAACACCAGUUUAAAUGUCUUAAGUUGAAACCUGUCUGCUAACCCUGGACAAGUUCAAAAACAGAAUGGCUACUUGUCCCUGACGUUUGAAAACCCCUUGUUAAGAAGUCAAUAAGAGCAGGUAGACAAGGUGAAAUAACUUAAGCAGCAAGACCCCUUAAUCAGUGGAUUUGGUAGAGCUAGGAAAAGAGGUGAUCAUGUGAAUGGAAUUGUCCUUUGAGAGAACUAUAUUGCACACUGAAAAACAUUUAAGUGGUGCUGGUAUGACUACAGAGAUGGAUAGUAUCCACUCUGACAAAAUACAUUUAAGCGAGGAAAUUUACAUUGUGUGGUUCUAUAAUUUUAACAGUCAAUUUGGUGAGACUUAACUGGAUGACCUUGACUUGUGACAUUGUGUCAAUGAUUACUGACCAAACAGACUAGGAGAUGGCAAUAUACAACUUUGAUUACUUCAGUGAUUGUUCUGUCAGACUUAAGAAAAAAACCCAAAGCUUAGUGUUUACAUGCAAAUAAUUUUAUAUUAACCUGGAUGACAAUUAUGCAAAUAUUAAAACCUCAAGCUAUUUGAUUUAAAAGCCUGGUUAACAGCAAAAUCUUAAAUGAUGCAAAAGCUGAAAUUAUUUCUGCAUGUGCUAGUGUCAGUAGGCAUACUGAUGUCUGAAAUGAGGUUUCCCAAAAAUAUGGUAGGAUGUUUACUUUGAUAAAUCAGUUUCCAUUUACUGUGCCUCUAACAAUACUCUACUCAUCCAGAUAUUUCCUAGAAUCAAUUGCAUACAUCAAGACAUUCAGUUGUAUUGUUGACAAAUACAAAUCAGUUCAAAUGGUAUGUACAGUAUUUUAAUGUAGCUUUUGUGAUGUUUAGACUUUGUACUUAUCCAAUAAAUGUAAUGAAACCAUUUGAAUAACUUCUAUUAAACCGUGUUUCAAUGCCA